AUGCUUCUUGCAAGUAUCUCGGAUCCCGGUCUGGGUGUUGAAAGGGUGGACUUCAAUCUGGUUGAUGACGGGCCUUACUCCGGAGUCGGACUCCUCGACUGCUUUCAUGAGCUCCUCAAUCUGGCCACGAAUUCUCCUCGCCAAGCGCGCCUUUUUGCCGCCGUAGGGACUGUGCAGCAGGAACAGGUCGAUGUAGCCCAGGCCGCACGCCUCGACCGACUGGGCGAUGGAGCGCUUGACGGCAUCGUACGAGGUCUCGUUGUCGGCGAGCUUGGAGGUGUAGAAGAUGUCCUCGCGGCUCAGACCCUGGGAGUUCUGCGGCCCAAACAGGAAGUUCUUGAUGGCCAGGCCGGCCUCGCGCUCGUUGUAGUACAUCUGCGCGCAGUCGAAGCCGCGGUAGCCCAGGGAGAGGGCGGCUCGUACCGAGUCUCGGGCUUCCCUGCCGCCCAUCUUGUAGAGGCCCAGCUGGAUCCGGGGCACGGCGACGGUGGUAUCGGGAAGGGCGGUUUUGGAUUUGACGGAAACAACGGUGAGCCGGUCGGCAAGACGGGGAAGUGCAGGCAACGCCAUGGCGAGCGUGGCGAUGUUGAGAGAUGGUGUGGUGCUGAAGCAGAGUGA